AUGCCGACUUCGGGCUUGGGGUGUUGCCGCCGCAUCCAAGCGGCUGCGCCAGUCCUCGGCAGCGCUGGAGGCAAAAUACUUGGCAGGCCGCCCACCGCGCCAGUUAAUGUCGAUCUUCACACUUCGAGCCUCGUGAAAAUCACAGUCGCCAUGGUACUGCCGAAAGCCCUCCUAUCAGCCCUCGCGGCAGCCGCCGUCGUCUCUGCGGCGGCCGCCUCCAGCCCUCCUGUUGGCUACCUCGGCAAGAGGCACGACGCCUGCGUGCACUCGGAGCUGCUGCAGAACGCGAGCAAGUACACCGGGCUGGAGCCGGGAACGCCGGGCAUCCGCGAUGGCCUCUCACCGUCCGAAACAGACUCGCAAAACUUCAUCAACUUCUGCAAGGGCCGCACCACAACCGACGGCAAGCAAAACACGGCCGGCUCCUGCAACCCCAUCCCGCUGGGCCGCAUCCCGUCGACCUCCCAGAUGCCGUCGGCCAUCAUCACGCGGCCGGGCCACGGCGCGCGCCUGGCGGCCGGCGCCUCGGUCCAGGUGACGGUGGCUGUGCGCAAGCUCGACGCCGGCUACCUCGUCAACCCGGCCGUGGCCUACUACACGGCGCCGCAGGACCUGGACGACCGGGGGCGGAUCCAGGGCCACCUGCACGUGACGGUGCAGCGGCUCGCCGGCGGCUACGGCGCGGCCGCGCCCCCCGACCCGACCGACUUUGUCUUCUUCAAGGGCCUCGACCGCCCGCUGGACGAGAGGGGCGAGCUGGCCACCGAGGUCCCCGGCGGCCUGCCCGCGGGCGUCUACCGCGUCUGCACCAUGAUGGCGGCCAGGAACCACCAGCCCGUCGUCAUGCCCGUCGCGAACCGCGGGGCCCAGGACGACUGCGUGAGGUUUGAGGUCGUCUGA